CGGGGACGUACUUCGACGUGUUGCGAGAGCGGGGAAAAAUUCUGAAAUUCUACAUCGAUUUGGUCGAGCAGAAGCAGUUUUGUCUCCCUUUAGAACUUCUCAUCCAGAUGCUGUAUGCGUUGCAAGUAAUAUGUCUGGGCCUGGAUGAAAGUUGUGAUAGGCAAGGCCUCUAGGCUUGACAAAUUGUCGAGCUGCUAUGUGUUGCGUAUUCCGCAGGGCGAACUGCGUCUAUGCAUGCCUGACAGGAGGCUGUUCUCGUUGCACAGCAUCACAGAGUCUCAGGUCAUGUCAGACAACCUUUGCACAUCAAUGCACUUUCCUGGAGGGCGAAGGCCUCAUACAAUCCCGCACCAUCUCAGACAAGCACGACAAGCCUGGCUAGCUACUCAUAUUCCAAACCCAGACAACCUAUUUCUAGUUAAUAUGCUGUGCCUUCAGACCAUGAUCGAGGACAUGCGGUUCACCCACGUUUACCGGCAAGACAAGGCGGAGUUGCUGCACGUAUACCAGAAUCAAAUGCUGUUGUUGGACUCCAUCGGGCAAAUUUUGCCCUUGGUGAUCCAUUAUGCAUUGCAAACAUGUCUGGGUCUGCAAGGAUGCGAACUUGUGAUGCGUGUUGUGGAUCAUACGAAAAUCUGUUUUGCAUGACUUGCAAAAGGCCCCCAUUUCUGGCCAUGCUGAGAGGGCAUUUCUCAUGCAGAAUAGGCAUCACCAAGGGGCUGCAGAACCUGUGAUGCUGGGCACUGCAUAAUUCCAGACUUGGUGGAUCUUGGAUAAACUGCAUGACAAAUACCGGAAUCUUCCAGACCCAGACAUAUUUGCACUGCAUAUCCACUGCUUCGCCGACGAGCCGUUCUUCAGUCUGGGAGAGGAACGAGCCGG